CGUUCCGGGAGAUGCUGCCACCGGGAGCCAUGGAGGUGCAGUCCUACUACACCAAACUGCUGGGGGAGCUGAACGAGCAGCGCAAGCGGGAUUUCUUCUGCGACUGCAGCAUCAUCGUGGAGGGCAAGGUCUUCAAAGCCCAUCGCAAUGUGCUGUUCGCCAGCAGUGGCUACUUCAAAAUGCUCCUUUCGCAGAGCUCGAAGGAAACGAGUCAAUCCACGACAGCCACUUUCCAGGCCUUUUCUCCUGACACCUUCACAGUUAUUCUAGAUUUUGUGUAUUCGGGCAAACUGUCCCUCACUGGUCAGAAUGUCAUCGAAGUCAUGUCAGCUGCCAGCUAUCUGCAGAUGACAGAUGUGAUCAGCGUGUGUAAAACCUUCAUAAAGUCGUCACUGGACAUCAGUGAGAAGGAGAAGGAUCGCUACUUCAGCCUGUCAGACAAAGAUGUGAGUUCCAACGGUGUGGACCGAUCCUGUGUGUACAGUGGAGGCUGGAGGGCAGAGAGCAGCCCCCCACAUUCCCACUCCAGCCCAGACCCCGGGACUUGUAUGAUGGGCGGGAACGCUUGGAGCAAUUUCAACUAUUACCCCACCUCUCAAAGAAAUGCCCAGCAGCAGCUGUCCAAACACGAGCAGAGGCAAGAUUCCAUCAAGAAAUCCCGGCACUUGGGGCUGCAGCAACCUUCUGACAUGCCCCACUAUAAAUCAAGCAAGCUGGAGGACAGGGCUGCCGAGCCCUCUGGCCACCCUGCGCCAGCCGAGGAGCAAGUCCACAUCGACACCGAGGUUGAAACUCCUCACGUGGGCUACCAGUUCGGCCAAGGGGCUGAGGUGAUGCCCAGGGGCUUGGCUGUGCCACAGCAGGAGCACGAGUCACCCCGCUCCUCCAGUAAAUCCAAGUCCUCCAAAGCUGAGGAGCAGUAUGGGAACAUGCCCUCCAUCCUGGGAGUCAUGGGGAGCUGGGCUGAAGAUGACCUGGCCAGGAUGAGGUUCAAGUGUCCAUUCUGCAGCCACGUGGUGAAGAGAAAAGCUGACCUGAAACGUCACCUUCGCUGUCACACGGGAGAGAGGCCGUACCCCUGCGAGGCUUGUGGGAAGAGAUUCAGCAGGCUGGAUCACCUCAGCAGCCAUUUUCGAACUAUCCACCAGGCGUGCAAGCCCAUCUGCAGGAAAUGCAAGCGGCACGUGACGGAGCUGACGGGACAAGUGGUGCAGGAGGGGACCCGACGUUACAGACUCUGCAACGAGUGCCUGGCAGAGGCUGGCAUCGACAGCAUCCGCAUUGACUUGGAGGCUGAGGCACCUCUGGAGUUCCCACAGGAUGGGGACAAGGAUUCCAGGUGGCACUACGGCGAGGACAACAAAUCUGACGUGGAGAUCGUGGAGGACGGCUCGACCGAUUUGGUCAUCCAGCAAGUGGAUGAUAGCGAAGAUGAAGCAGAGGAGAAGGAAGUGAAACCAAAUAUUAGGUAGUUGGAAAUCAAGGAUUGGGAAUUCCGUGGAAGAGGGAGAAUGUGUUGGGAGGAAAUCUGCCUCCUGCAGAGACACGUGGUGAUCCUGCAG